GUGUAAGGCCUGCCAUGCUCAUAGAGAAACUCUCCAACCGAUUCCACUUUUUCGUAGUGUUCCCACUUGUUUCAUCGCUGAAGACGAGCAAUGGGACAACAGAGGACGGAUUUUCUCCACCUGUUCGUGAUUUAUCCAUGUGAACCUGAAGGGCGUCUUUGGCUUCCUGUAAAAAGUGUUUUUUCAAACAAUGGGAACUGCAUUUUUUUUUCAAAACGCGAAGGUUUUCAAGCUAUUUUCAAGAAGAUAUGGCACAAUACAACGACCUACGAACAUUUGGACCUUCAAACAGCCGAAAUGCCUUGCUCGCAGACGACGUCAUGUUUAACCAGAGGACGAGAGGACCCUAUGCCCGAGGAAACGUCCCGCAAAGCUUGUUCGAAGACGAUGAAACGCAAGACCCCAAUGAGGGUACCAAUGACAUCUUGUUAAGAGAGCUCCGGGAACUGAAAGACCUUGUGAAGGAUGUGCAAAAGCGUCAGGGCUCUAUAGAGAAGACCAUGAAACACUUGGCUUCCAAACUUGGUGCUGAGCAAUUUGACCUGGCCAAGUCAAGUCAUGCAGCAAAUGUCACGAAAAUAUUAGCAAAAGCCUAUAUACAACUUGGGCGGUUUUCAAAGAUAAAUGAAAGCAAGACUGAGCAAUUGCACAUGGAGUUCCAGGACUCACCAUAUGGUCUUACAGUUGCUGAAGCAAUGACCAAAGUGGAUGUCUUCGAAAAGGCAAAAUUCACCUAUUGGAGAGCAGAAGAGAGAAGAAGGGUUCUUGGAAUAGGUAACUGGUCUGCCCUUGCAAAGGCCACAACCAAGGAGUUGGCUUCGAAAAUAUGUGGCCUUCUAGGAGUGAGGUUCAACUCUUUACUGGAGAAGUCUGUGCUUCGAGAAACUGCUCUGGUGAGAAUCUAUGUUGCUGAGUAUGGGAGAGAUGACUGUAAGAAAGAUGAGAAAUUUUGGAUUAACUUCCAAACAUGGAAAGAUACAACAUAUGGAAGCCGAGGCCCAACUGCAUCUCAAUGGGGUGAAAUUUUAAAUGAGGAAUGA